ACCAGGACGGGAGGUGCCUGUCCCGCCCCCGGGGCGUCACGUAACUCUGCGGCAUCAGCUGCCUUAUUUACUCCAGCUUGGACUGAGCUGUCGUCUGUUGCUAACCAGACCGAAAGUGAGCUGUUCCUGUGGCUCCUGUGCCUGCCUUGCUGAGUACAGCUGUCACCAUGCCCCCCUCGUACCCAGCCCUUUCUGCUGAGCAGAAAAAGGAGUUGUCUGAUAUCGCCCUACAGAUCGUGGCCCCGGGCAAAGGCAUUCUGGCCGCAGAUGAGUCUGUAGGCAGCAUGGCCAAACGGCUAAGCCAAAUUGGGGUAGAGAACACCGAGGAGAAUCGCCGGCUGUACCGCCAGGUCCUGUUCAGUGCCGAUGAUCGUGUGAAAAAGUGCAUUGGUGGUGUCAUCUUCUUCCAUGAGACACUCUACCAGAAAGAUGAUAAUGGUGUCCCCUUUGUCCGGACCAUCCAGGAUAAGGGCAUUCUCGUGGGCAUCAAGGUUGACAAGGGUGUAGUCCCUCUAGCUGGGACUGACGGGGAAACCACCACUCAAGGGCUGGAUGGACUCUUGGAACGCUGUGCUCAGUAUAAGAGGGAUGGUGCUGACUUUGCCAAAUGGCGCUGCGUACUGAAAAUCAGUGAUCGUACACCCUCGGCGCUGGCCAUUCUGGAGAAUGCAAAUGUGCUGGCGCGCUAUGCCAGCAUCUGCCAGCAGAAUGGUAUCGUGCCUAUUGUGGAGCCCGAGAUCCUGCCUGAUGGAGAUCAUGACCUCAAACGUUGCCAGUAUGUUACAGAGAAGGUCCUGGCUGCUGUGUACAAGGCCCUGAGUGAUCAUCAUGUGUACCUGGAGGGGACUCUGCUCAAGCCUAACAUGGUGACACCUGGCCAUGCCUGUCCCAUCAAAUAUAGCCCAGAAGAGAUUGCCAUGGCAACUGUCACUGCCCUGCGUCGUACUGUGCCCCCAGCUGUCCCAGGGGUGACUUUCUUGUCUGGGGGUCAGAGCGAAGAGGAGGCAUCACUCAAUCUCAAUGCCAUCAACCGCUGCCCACUUCCCCGGCCCUGGGCCCUCACUUUCUCCUAUGGGCGUGCCCUGCAGGCAUCUGCACUCAAUGCCUGGAGAGGACAAAGGGACAAUGCUGGGGCUGCUACUGAGGAGUUUAUCAAGAGGGCUGAGAUGAAUGGGCUUGCAGCGCAGGGCAGAUAUGAAGGCAGUGGAGAUGGUGGAGCAGCAGCACAGUCCCUCUACGUCGCCAACCAUGCUUACUGAGGCAUGCUUACACGACCCACAGCCCUCGGCCUAGCAGUGUAGACCCCGUUUUGCCUGUAGUCACUCACAGCCAGGGCCAAAUAGCCAUGCGGAACAGAGAUGUCAUCAUGCAGCACCAAGUCAUCCUUUUUUCCUCUCCUCUUUCUGUCUCACAUUGCUGCACCCGAGGCCACAGGAUGGGAGGGUUAAGGGAGCCUCUCCCGCCCCAUGUCUGAGGACAGGAGAACUUUCUAGAAGUCAGACCAGAACAUGUGGGUCUUGUUCCCAGCUCUGCCAGCCCUUACAGUUUCCCCAUGAUGGUGUCGCUUGUCCUCGGGCCCUACUUGCUGCCCAUCUCUCUUAGGAUCAUGGGCAAGUACACUGGCCCUGACUUAUGCUCUAAAUAUAUCGCAAAUAAAUGGGAGCAAAACACA